GUUUACACAUUAAAGCAUCACUGAACCAAUAUUUAAAAAAGGGGGAGAAAAUGCUGUAAUUUCAUGCAUGAAAUAGUAUAAGUAGUGACAACCACACUGAUGACUGAGUGAACUGUCCGAAUUCGACAUUGUGUCAGUGUAAAUGAUAAUCAGUUUCAAAAUAAACCCUCACAAAUAUCGUUUCACCUAAAACUUAUAAUGAAUUUCUUGUUCUUUAGGUCAGAGAAAUAUUUUAAGAUGAAGUUGUCGCACACUGUAGCAGUCAUUUGCAUAGCAAUUCUUUUCGUCAUCGCUUUAAUACUGUGCCUCAAAUACAGCAGAAACUGGAGAAUUGAAAGAAUAUUCCUCGCAAUAGUGCUUUUACUAUGGUCGGCAGAAGUCUGCUUGGUAGAUUGCCAAGGCAUUAGUUUAAAGUGUUCAUACCUAUUCAUGUUCACUAUUCUGGAAGAUUUAUUAGUGAUUAUUUUAUUCUUCAUGAGAAGAAGAUUGAAAAUAAUUGUGGCUGUCGUACUGGCGGUUUCAUCGAUAAUUUGUGCAGUUAUUGCGGUAGUUUUGACGUUCAUACCUUGGUAUUUUGAGGACCUCUACAAAAUGCUGGUGGGCGCCUUCCUCAACACUUCCAUGUGUUUGAUGUUAAUGGUUGUUGCGAACCAACUCAAAUCAGUUUGAUAUCAUACGUCCAGGUGACAAAGUGUAUUGCUAACAUAUUUGCCUGAUGUGUGAUUUCUGUUAACUCGG